UGCGAGACAUGACGUUAGUUCACUUCGAUAGCUCUACGAGUCUGCACGUGAAUUUCCCUGGGCUCUCGGCUGUCUCUUGAAUUUCUCAAUCUCAAAACACACAAUCUCAAGUACCCAGCUUCGGCAUCGAAUCGAAUCGAAUCGGUCAACCCAGUAGAAAACAACACUCGCAUCUGAAUUCGAAACAUCCAUCAGAGUUACGCGUCUUGACCACUGAGUAAUAUUUGAUAUGAUCUAAAGCGAAAUUUCCCUCGAAUGGUGAAAUUUGCCCACGCAACAAAAAAAGUGCCAAGUGUUCUAAGAGUGCUAAACUACGAAAAGAAAAAAAUUCUAAAGCAAACAAAUAAAAGUAAAUAACCAAAGCUAGUCAAGCUACAAAAAUACAAACGUGAAACUUGCAAUUUGCCGUCGGAUUUUGGAGACCGAAAACGAAAAACUUGUUGAGCGCCACGCCCCCGAAAGAAACGAAAAACCCUAAAAAAAAUAUAGGAUAUAUAUAUUUUUUCGCCUGCCACGUUGUUCGUAAAAGACGUCAAGACGGUUGCCUCACGGUUCGAGUGGAAUGAGCAUAGGGACCCUGGUCUUCCUUUCGAUCGAUCGGUGUACAAAGUCGUUAAACUGAGCCCCAACUUGGAGCCCUACCCCGCCAGCGUGGAGGGCCUGAACAGCCCCAGAGCGGUGGGGAUGGCCGCGACCUCGUACAUGACCCCGCCGACGUCGGGUGAUCUGGACAUGGCCCUCGGUGGCGGCGGCGGCGGUGGCUAUCACACCUCGUCGCCGCGAUCGGCGGCGGAUGCCGGCGAGAUGAAGUACAUGCAGCACCAUCACCAUCAUCAUGCCGCCGCCGCGGCAGCCGCCCAUCAUCAGUUGCCCUCGUCGCCGUCGCCGAAUGGUCAGCAGGGCAAUGGCUUGAGUCUGGGAUCGGGCCUGGGCUCAUGGAGUGCCCUCCAUCCGGACCCCUGGUCCCUGCCCACCCAUCAUACGCACCAUCAUCCCGCCGCCGCUGCCGUUGCCUCGGUUGCAGCGGAUACCGUCAAGCAGGAGAUGUCGCAGCAUCUCUCCCAGCAGACGCGCAUCCAACAGGGCAUGGCCUCGCCCCAUGCCGCCUGGCACGCCCCCCAUCAUGCGGGUCACUAUGCGCCCACGGGAGGAUCACCGUUGCAGUACCAUCAUGCGAUGAACGGUAUGCUCCAUCAUCCGGCACAUGCGGCUGCGGCGGCUCAUCACCAGUCGGUGGCGCCACUGCAUCAUGCGUUGCGCGGCGAAUCGCCCCAGUUGCACAUCCAUCAUCACAUGGGCGGCGGCGGGGAUAGGGAUGCCAUAAGCGGCGGCGAGGAGGAUACCCCUACUUCGGACGAUCUGGAAGCCUUUGCCAAGCAGUUCAAGCAGCGCAGGAUCAAGCUGGGCUUCACCCAGGCGGAUGUGGGUCUCGCACUGGGCACCCUGUACGGCAAUGUCUUCUCGCAGACGACCAUUUGCCGGUUUGAAGCCCUACAGCUGAGCUUCAAGAACAUGUGCAAGCUGAAGCCGCUGCUGCAGAAAUGGCUGGAGGAGGCGGACUCCACCACGGGAUCGCCGACUUCCAUUGAUAAGAUUGCCGCCCAGGGGCGGAAGCGCAAGAAACGCACUAGCAUUGAGGUGAGCGUGAAGGGUGCCCUCGAGCAGCAUUUCCACAAGCAGCCGAAGCCAUCGGCCCAGGAGAUCACCUCGCUGGCUGACUCCUUGCAACUGGAAAAGGAAGUGGUUCGUGUGUGGUUCUGCAAUCGAAGGCAAAAGGAGAAGCGCAUGACGCCGCCGAACACACUCGGUGGCGAUAUGAUGGACGGGAUGCCGCCGGGUCAUAUGGGUCAUCAUGGUGGCUAUCAUCCGCAUCACGAUAUGCACGGCAGCCCCAUGGGCACCCACUCGCAUUCGCACAGUCCGCCCAUGUUGAGCCCACAGAAUAUGCAAUCUUCGGCCGUUUCGGCGCAUCAGUUGGCGGCCCACUAGCAAUCAGAAAUCCAGGAGUCGAACUCAGCUGCAGCUGCGUCCACUCCUGCAUCCCUCAAUAGUCUAAGCCAGCAGCAACAGCAACAGCAGCAGCAGCAGCAACAACAGCAGCAGCAGCAGCAGCAGCAACACCAGCAGCAGCAACAGCAACACCAGCAGCAACAGCAGCAACACACACCGAAUACACCAUCCUCGAGUGCCGGAUCAUCGGCUACGAUGACCAGCCAGGUGAUGUCGCCGCAAAGUCCGCUGGGCAGCUCCUCGGCUGGCAAUCAGGCUAACAACAAUAACAAUAGCAGCACCAACAACAACAAUAAUAGCAACAACAACAACAAUAACAACGAGGAGCAAGUUAAGCAACACCAACAGCAGCAACAGCAACAACAGCAGGCAUCCAGCAUAGCGGCCGCUGCAGCAGCCGCCAUGUACAUGGAUCCGAUGCGCUACCAACAUCCGCACCACCCGCAUCCGCAUCCGCACCAGCAUCCGCACCUGAAUCCCGCCCACCAUCCGCACCUUUUCCACACGAGCGAUCAGUUGCAGCACUCGCAGCAGCAGCCCGUCGGCGGUACGAGUAGCAAUUCCCAAUUGUCACCGGGAGCCGGCAGCAAUAGUGGUUUGCCCCUUCAGCCGCCCAGUUCCGCCUCGCCAGCGGGAUCCGCAUCCUCGGUGUUGGGCGGCCAUCUCAAUCUGAAUCCGCUGCACCAGCACCACCACUAUCAGCACCACCACCAUCAGCAGCACCACCACCACCAGCAGCAGCAGCAGCAGUUGCACGCCCGCCGUCUCUUCGAGUUGAGUCUGCAGUUCGGAGCGGCGGCGGCACCGGGAGCGGUACGACACUUCAACAGCUUCGGCGGGGCGGGCGGAGCGGGCGGGGAAUAGCAUUCGUCGGCCGCCUGGUUCGGCUAUGAGUCCUCCUAGGAUUCGGUGUCGAACGGGUGGCCGCAGUUCAAGCGGGAGCAGCCCUAAAAGCGUACAGUCGAACUUCUCUAACGAGAACUUUGCCCCUAACCUUUAACUAACUGUGAG